AUAAAAUUAGGUAUGUACCGUCAUAAAAAUAAACAACUUGUUUAUGACAUCAAUUUUCAACUUUAAACCGCACUAAUUCUGGUAAAAUUCUUCUUUUAUUGUUGCGGGCGGUUAUUUUGUUGUUGUUGUUGUUUUUGUUUUUCUUUUCUAUGCUACCUAACUACUGUGUGUGUUUUCAUUUUGUUUUUCAAGGGAUGAUGGUGUUGUUUAUAUUUUCAUUUGUAUUUUCUUCUUUUUUAUUUUCUCUCUGUUCUUGUUAUUCUUCUGCUGCUUCUUUCUUUGGGACUUUGGGAUUGGGAUUGGGACUUGAAUUUGGAUUUCGGGAAAUUCUAGGCUAAACUAAGGGAAACACAUGAAAAUCAAUUCAGUGUCAUGGCCAAAGUGCAGAAGAGAAGAACAAGAAGUGGUAGUGCCAUUUUUAUCCUUAGAUGUGUGUAAAUAUUAUUAAAAAGAAAAACUGCAUUUUAUACAUACAUACAUGUAUAUAUAUAUAUAUAAAUGUAAUUCUAUCUCUGUCUAUGAACAAAAAUACAACAACAAAAAAAUUUAAUAUAUUAUGUACUUUUCGGGAUUCCUCAAAAAUUUUGCAUCGUUGGUGAUUUUGAUUUAAGAACAAAAUAUUUUCAAAGGGCAGUUGCAAUCUUAUGGUCAAACGGAAAACAUCAAAAAAUAAUAAACAAUCUUCCGGUAGUGUAUUUCAAAAUUUUCAAUGAUAAAACAUUUCUUCGGUCUUAUCUAAACAAAAAACAACUUUUUAAAUCAAAACUAGAAAGAAACUUUAUAAAAAUAGUGUUUAACUUUAAUUGAGUGUAAAUUUUGUUCUUUCUCUUCGAUUUUAUUAUUAUUUUUUUUUUCUAAAGUUUUGAGAUUUAGUCUAAAUUUACUCGCCCUAAAUGUGUUUUUUCUUCAUGGGUUUUUAGUGCGUUGUUUUCGUCACCGUCACCAUCAACAUCACCGUCGCCGCCGCCACCGCCGCCGUCGCCGUGUGUUACGCUCUCGUUUUUCGUAUACGCAUGUUGAAAACGCAGUCUUUCGAGAGCAGGCGUUUAUUUUAAUUGGGUCACUGGAUGAAUAUACCUAUAAAACAAACGAAAAUUGUGACGACAAAACUGCGUUCUAUUCUACGCAUCAUCAUCAUCAACAUCAUCAUACUCAAUAUCGUCGUCAUCUUUUUCAUUAACAACGAAGGAAAUCCAAGAAGUGAAGGAGUCCCAUCUUCGUAAACCUCAACUUCGAUGUUCAAAUGUUGGACUCUUAUAUUUUGUGUACCUAUUUAACUUCACUAUGAUGAGUGAGUGCGAUGUUUAGUGGAAUCAGAAUCAGUGGUGUGUCAUGGUGUUUUAGAAAUUCCUCAAAUCAGUCUAAAUGAACAUUUCGAAAGUAAAAGUUAAACACACAAUGAUUUAGCACAUAAUUAUAAAAUAGUUCCGUUAUUUUUGUUUAAUUAUGUGUUUUUUAUUUAUAUACAAAAUAUAAAAAUUAUGAAAUUAAAUAUUAAAAAAAUUCCGUUAUAAUAACAAAAUUAAAAAGACACAACAAGUUCAAUAGUUGUUGGUUAAAGGUGUCCCGUUUUUUUCAUUAUUAUUAUCAUUUUAUUGUUUGUGUUUUGUUUGUUUUCGGCGACGCACGGCGUUAGAGAUAAAAAGAAAUAUCAAUAAAAUUGAUAUAAAACCAAAUAGAAGAAAAACAAAAUAACCAAAACGAAAAAUUCAACACAUGAGAAUUGGAUUCUUUUUGUAUUUACAAUUUUCACCGACCGACGACGAUUUUUACCAACUACCUGCUUUCUUUAAAAAACAACCCAUUUUUACCUAAUUAAAAUAAAAUGGAAUUAGUAACCAACAACAAUCUUCCUCAUGGCACAAAAAAUGUUCCCCCAGCUUGCAACACAAACUCAUCCACGGAAACACUCUUGGCUGGAAUCUUAGAUUCUUUUCCUGCUUGGGAAUUGAAUACGGCUCUUCUUCAAAGUUCACAAUUAUCUUCUCCAGUUCACAACGAUUUUCUUAUGAAUGGCAUGUUUAGUGCUCAACCUACAGCACAACCACUUGUUCGCAAUACCUCAAGACUCUCGCCGGGAUCGAGCAACUCAAGCAAUUCGAGCAUUCAUUGUGGCGCAGGAUGUGAUAGUAAUGCAUCAAUACGCUGCCUCGAUUGCAAUGAGUUCAUGUGCAAUAAUUGCUUGCGUGAUCAUCGCAACAGUCCCUUGUCCUCAAACCAUUCAGUGAUCUCAUUGCCAUCUCCGAUUGGGUCUACAUCGACUGGGGGAAUGCCAACUGUGCUUCCGGGCCCAACUUUCAUGUGUGAUUUACACAACGAGGUCUAUCGCUAUGUCUGUGAAUACUGCAAAAAAUUGGUCUGCCAAUGCUGCACUCUUCGCGAGCACAAGGACCACGACUACACUUCAAUUCAGAGUUUUGUCGAAGAGGCAAAGGACAAAAUUGACAUGGCCAUUGAGAGCAGUCGAAUGGGCACGAAGUGUGUCAAAGGCAGCAUCGAUAAGGCUUUGGCAUUUAUUCGUCUCAUCGAACGAAACUGUGCUGAGCUGUCAGACAAUAUCAGGAAGUCAUUCAGGCAGUUCAUGAUUGCCAUUGAAGAUCGUGAGCGAUUUUUGCUGGACUUUGUUGAGAAGCUUCGUCAGAGACGUUUAGCUUUGCUGCAUGACCAAAUGGCAGGUCUGAAAUCGACUCUUUCUGGUUUAUCUGAAACAUCCGACAUGUUGCUCAAGGUCUACGAAAAUGCUCAUCUCAUGGAACAAAUCGAAAUUGCUCUCAAAAUUACCAAUGGUCAGCGUCAAUUGGAACAGUUUGCCGCCAUCUUUAAGGAUCUGCAGCCACGUCAGGAACUCUUUGCAUUUGUUCCUCCAGAUUUCACUAUUCUGGGUGACAUCCGCAAUCAAGGAGGUGUCGUUGUUGUUGAUGAUAAGAAUAUCCCUGUCGUCGAGGCGGGUUCGUUGAUUCCAGUUGUUCCUGCAGUAGCAGGGUUGCCACCUCCAGCUGCACACUCUACGAUAGCUGCAGCUUCCCGUCGUCCCAUUCUUCGUGAUGUGAGCUUCCGCGUACCAACACCAUUGACACAACGCAUGCCAAAUCCAGGUCUAGACUGGGAAAUCAGUCUUUUGCGUACUUCACCAGCUCUGCAGUUUGGUGCUCCACGAAUAACUCAGUGCAUUGCUGGCAGUUCAGAUCACAUCAAAGUUCGCAACUCAAACCUUCUAACACUGUCAUUUGCUACCGAGGGUCAUGAAGAUGGACAAGUCAGUCGUCCGUGGGGUUUGUGCGUUGACAAAAUGGGAAACAUUCUAAUCUCCGAUCGUCGCAACAAUCGUGUUCAAGUAUUCAAUCCAGAUGGAACUUUCAAGUUCAAGUUCGGUCGCAAAGGUGUCGGAAAUGCUGAAUUCGAUUUGCCAGCUGGAAUUUGUACUGAUUGCGAUAAUCGCAUCAUUGUUGUCGACAAAGACAAUCAUCGCGUUCAAAUAUUCUCCGCCAAUGGAAUUUUCCUCUCGAAAUUCGGUACUUUCGGCAAGGAAUACGGUCAAUUCCAAUAUCCGUGGGAUGUCGCAGUUAAUUCGAGGCGUCAAAUUGCCGUCACAGAUUCGCGAAAUCAUCGUAUUCAGCAAUUCGAUUCGGAGGGUCGUUUUAUUCGUCAAAUUGUCUUCGAUAACAAUGGCCCUAGCAAGAGUAUUGCCGCACCCAGAGGAAUAUGCUAUACACCGCAAGGGAAUAUCAUUGUUUCUGAUUUCGACAAUCAUUGCUUGUAUUUGAUUGAUCCGGAUGUAAAUGAGAUAAUUUCUGCUAAAGGGCAAGAAGGCUGUGGUUUCCAGGAGUUCAAUCGACCAUCAGGACUGUGUUGCGAUGACGAAGGACGGAUUAUUGUGGCCGAUUCUAAGAAUCAACGUGUCAUUGUUUUUAGUCCUAAUAUGGAUUAUUUGUGGGAUAUUGAAAUCCGUCCAUCUGUCAACCCACAGAUGCCAUGUACUCUGGAUGAAAAAGAUCGUACAUGCGAUGUUGCUCUCAUGCCAGAUGGAAGAGUUGUAUUCUUGAUUGAACUCUCACCAGACUCCAAAGAAGGAUCUAAUCCUCACAAACGGUUUGUCCACGUCUAUUAGAAAAUAUAAUUUGUCUUAAUGAAAAUUAUUUUAAAAAUGAAAAAGAUCGGGUGUUAAACGAAGCUUCAACGAAAAGUUAAAAGAUUUUAAAUUUAUACAAAACAAGUCUUUCGCAAAAACAAAAAACAAAAACAAUCAAAACUAAAAGUUAAGCUCAUAUUCAAUUUAGUUGAUUUUAUAAAUCAACUACUUUUAUCGACUUCACUUUGAAUAUAUGUAUUUUAUAUUCAUUCAUAAACCAAUAUUUAACUAACUACUUUUCUUUACUCUUUUCAAGAGUAUCUUGUAAUAUUUUAAAAAAUUGAAAAACAAAAAUCAUAAAACUUUUAAUUUUUUCGUAUGGGCUUCAUAUUAUUUUAUAAAUACAAAAAAAUACAAAUCGAUCGGUUGUUGUCGAAUAAAAUAAGAAUUGUAUAGACUUAAAUUUUAAGACUGAUUGUGGAAGACAGUUAAAAAAAAAGAAAACAAAAGUAAUAAGGAAAAUAAGAUUAUUAUGCAACAAUCAAAUCAGAUUUGAAGAAAACAAUUUACUAGCUCAAAAAUUGAGGUUAAGAGAAAGAGAUAAAAUUAUUAUAUAUAUAUACUUAUAUAUACAUACUUAAGGAAAGAAAUACAUACUUGUGUAUUUUGAAAAAAAAAACUAACAUUUUUUAAACAAUUUACGGACAAAAUGAAAACAUAAAUUUUAGUACAAUUUUACACUAAACGGAAUUGUGGAAUUGAUGUGUUCAUUUACAGACAGUUUAUAUAUUACAAAGAAAAAGAAAAUGAUGAUAUACUUUAUAUAAAUACUUGUGUACCUAUAUAAAUAAUAAUACUACUACGUAUAUUAGAUAUAUUAUGUUGUCCUCGAAAGUUAAAAAAAAAAAAAAACAAACACAAAAGUAAAAAAACGUAAAUAUUAAUAAUUAUAAAAAAGGACAUAAGCAAUUUAUUUUUGUUUAAUUUAGUGAAAUAUUUUUCGUUUUUAUUUUGCAACGGUAGAAUAGUUCCUGUAAUUUAAGGGAUUGCUAGGACUAUAUAGCACAAAAGUUCUUAAAAAAACAAAAUCUAAAAUCUAAAAUAAUGCAUUUAUUCUUAUGAGCACGUUAUUUUUGCAGCAAUAGGUAAUAUAAUUUAGGCUUUUUCUUUUUAGGUAUUCUUAAAAAAUGUAGUUUGUGAUCACAAGUACACAUAUUAAAAAUUUAGAUGAAUUGGUUUUGCAAAUGUUUAUCAUUGUAAAUUAUAAGCUUAAGCACUUUUUUCAUAUCAAUUUAUCAACAUUUAUUAUCUAUUAUAUAUUUUUAAUGGACAACCCUUUGUAGUUUGAAUAUAAUAAUUAUAAUUUUGUUUAAAGUUCCAUUAACUAUUAUGAUAUUCCUAUAAUUCAAUUGGAUUAGUUUAGUUUCGCAAAAAUUACAGACUGUGAGUAUUUUUAGAGGAGUUAAGAGCACCCUCUGACAUUAUUGUCUACAAAACACUCCUCAGGCAAGGUACAAGUCCAUCAUUAUAUACAUUUUGUAUUUUAAGGAAAUAUUACUUAUUUCUUUUUCCAGUUUGAAAAGGUGCCCUUUUAAACAAACCAUUAAUAGGAAUAGUGCAGAAAUUAAAUAAAUUCCAAAGUAAUAAAGUUCAGUUUUCAAUUGAAUGAAAAAACAUGAUCAGCUGUCAUUUUGAUAUAAGUAGAUUUGGCUUGAUAGUUAAGAAGAUUUUUCUUGGCUAACUUUCCUGUCAAGUUUCCCAGAAAGUUGGCGUAGGGUUCGAUUAUAGCUAUCAGUAAAAUCUAUCAGUAAAAUGUUUGUUUUUAGUUUUUGCAAAUGGUUCAGAUUUAUUUCUAGCAAAGAUUGAUGCAAUAAGAUGAAUUCUUUAUUCAAGUAAUUUUUCAAAAAGAUACAAUGGUCGCAUUCACAAAGCUAGAGGCUACGUAGUCAAAAUUCAACUAGCUUUGUGUAUGCAAAACUUCACUACAAAGCUAGUCAAUCUGGAACUGUCAUAUUAUUGACAAAUGCAAAUAUAUAAAAUAAGAAACAUGAUUUGAAAACUCUAACUUAUAUUUUGUGUUUUUAAAUUCAAUAAAAUCAAAUUUAAGACAAAAUUUGAAUGAUUUAUAUUUGCAUUUAAAUAUUGAACAAUAUUUAUAUAAUAAUAUUUCAUUUUGAAUUCGUGUUACUUUCCCGAGCAGCUGAUUGUAAAAGGUCAAAAUCAUUCUCCACUAACUUUGUGGCCGAAUUUUUUACACUACGUCAGAGGGGAAAUUUCAACUACUUUUGUAAUUAGAUUUAGCCAAUCAGAAUCCCUUGACUACGUAUAGCCACUAGCUUUGUAAAUGCAACCAAUGCAUUUAAAGUUUUAUUUGACUUUAUAUCUAUUUUAAUUUUUUAAUGAUGAAUUUUCAUUUACUGAACAGCUGACUGCCAAAAGCCAAAAAACAAUUCCAUUUCGUUUUACUGUUGGUGUUCCAGUUUUUUACUGUUCCGAUCACAACAUUAAAAAUUUUACUGAUGAAAGCAACAGUAAAAAUAUUGUCUGAGGCGCGGAGCUUCAAAGCGACAUUUAAUUUAAUGUCGUAAAUUUUACUUAUGGAUUUUACUGCUAGCCAUAACCAGCCCCUUAGUUGGGAGACAAUUUUUUGGCAGCUGGCCAAAAAGAUACUCGAAACUUGCCUUUCUUUAAAGUUCCUCAUGGCGUCUAAAAUUAACCAAAGUCUGUUGUUGAGAAUAAUUUCCCUCACAUUUUUUCCUGACAAAAAUCUGUCAUUGGAAUUUUGUGAAAUUGAAACGAUUCGUUUCACUUCUAGACAUAAAAGAAUCAGCCGUUCAGGAAAACGAAUUUCCGUCCGGAAAAUAGAGAAUACUUUUUCUGAAAUCCAUUUCAAUGAUAGCUAUAAAUGUUCCAAUAAAUUAAAAA